AUGUCAAAAGUGUUACGAAGUGAGCCAUUAUCAGACGCAGAUGCCAAAUGGGUUGGCUUACGUGCGAUUUAUUGGCAAGAUCCAACGGGAAAAGAACGUAAAUGGGAGUGUGCAGACCGAAGGACACGUAAAGGUGAUGCAGAUGCGGUUGCUAUUUGUGCAAUCGUUCAAAGACCAAGUUCAGAACCGCAUAUGUUACUUGUUUCGCAAUUUAGACCUCCUGUCAAUUCAAGUGUUAUUGAAAUGCCUGCUGGCUUGAUCGAUGCUGGAGAAGAAGGUGAAGAAGGUACAAGACGUGCAGCCUUACGUGAACUUAAAGAAGAAACAGGUUAUGGAACAGAUAAAGAAGGGGGCAAAAUUGAUGUCAAGCUAGUAAGCACCGUUAUGGCUAAUGAUCCGGGUAUGACUUCUUCCAAUAUGAAAUUAUGCGUCAUUCGAAUCGAUUUAGCAGACGAUGCUCCCGAACCAGUCGCAGAACCUGAUGAAGGGGAAUUUAUCGAAAGACAUCUCGUACCGGUACAUGGGUUAAUGAAUGCAUUGCUAGAUUUUCAAAAGAAAGGGUUUGCUGUCGAUGCACGUCUUGCUCAUGCCGCUAUUGGUAUCGAAUUGGGUUUAGGGCGUCUUGGUGCUGAGAACAGCAAGAUAUAA